AUGUUACAAUUCAAAUUAGUACUACUGGGCGACUCGUCCGUUGGGAAGUCGUCGAUCGUGCAUCGGUUCGUGAAGGACUCGUUCGACGAGUUGCGUGAGUCGACCAUUGGUGCUGCGUUCUUAUCACAGACGAUCAAGAUCAAGGCUGAGGAACAAGAGGAGGAUGUGGUUAUUAAGUUUGAGAUCUGGGAUACUGCUGGGCAGGAGCGUUAUAAGUCGUUGGCUCCGAUGUAUUAUAGGAAUGCGAAUGCUGCGUUGGUGGUUUAUGAUUUGACACAGAAGGAUUCGUUGGUGAAGGCUCGUAGUUGGGUGGAGGAGUUGAAGAAUAAAGUCGGGGAUGAAGAUUUGGUUAUUUUCUUGGUGGGGAAUAAGCUUGAUUUAUGUGAAGGUGAAGAGGAUUUAAGAGCAGUGGAUACUAGUGAGGCUAAGGCUUAUGCUGAAGAACAAAAUUUGUUGUUUACUGAAGUGAGUGCUAAGACAGGACAAGGUGUGAAGGAAGUGUUUCGAAGCAUUGGUGAGAAAUUAUACGCUAGUAAGAAAGAUGAGAUUUUGGCUAAGAAGAAUAGAGAAUUGGGUAAUAGGGUCAAUAAUUCUGUGGAUAUCAAUGCCCAGAGACCCUCGACCAAUGAUACCACUACGUGCUGUAGUUAA